CAUUUCCCACUGUUAAAUCUAUCUGUAAGCAGCCAGUUACAAGCAUUCAAACCGAACAGCUGUCAGAGAGGAGUGAGCCGGACUGCAGAUAGCAAGUACUGUGGACUGUGCCAGCUAACAACUACAGUGCUGCGUUUGACAAGCUGGGAAUAUAACACGAUUUGGAUUUCAUGUGCAACAUGACUUUUGAGGAACUAAGUGGAGAUCAUUCAACAGAAAGGAUGGAUUCAGUGGCCAGAGCCUUGGAAGAGGUUCUCAGUUCUGCCUUACCACAAGGAUGCAUUACAGUUGGAGUUUACGAAGCGGCCAAAUCACUAAAUGUGGAUCCGGAUAACGUGGUACUGUGCCUUCUGGCUACCGACGAGGAGGAUGUCAAGGACGUUGCGCUUCAGAUCCAUUUUACCCUAAUUCAGGCGUUCUGCUGCGAGAACGACAUUAACAUACUGCGAGUGAACAACACGAGGCGUCUGGCAGAGAUUCUUGGUGGGCAGAAACAAGGAGGAGAGCCAAUGGAUCUACACUGCAUCUUAGUCACGAACCCUCACUCGUCUGCAUGGAAAGACCCGGCCCUGAGCAAGCUGAACGGGUUCUGCAGGGAGAGCCGCUGCCUGGACCAGUGGGUCCCGGUCAUCAACCUCCCCGAGCGGUGAAGCGCCAGGAGGCCUGGACUAUUUGCCUUUUCACAAAAAUACACUGGAAUUGUGUAAUGCUCCGGUGGAUCCCUCAGGAAACAAAAAAAUCCCAAAUGCUGAUGAAACGAGAACAAAAAUAAAGAAAGAGAAAAGGAAAAAAAAAAUCCAGCUAUCUUGACGGGAAGAAAAAAAGGGGUGGAGUUCAGUCCAACGAGAGUUGUAUUCUUGGCCCGGUGCGGGGAGCAGUGACUCAGCAGUUUUGGGCAAAAGGACGACCUUGGGUCGGGCGUGCAUUUGGGCCCUCGGAGGGGGAGGGACACUGUACAGGAAAUGGAUCAUGUGUGGGCACACCGGUGCGUGGAAGUUCAAGCUGGGAUUCAGCACAAGCACAGACUGGCUAAGGAGCAGUGAGGCACAAAGGCUGGGGCUUCCUGGCUGUUUUGAAACUGCAGGGGAACCGACGGAAGUGCCGCACAUACAGAAAUUCUGGACUUAAAAUCUUUUGAAAUUAUUAUAAUUUUUAUAAGAUAAUGCUGUUGCCGUUGUUGUUAUUGUUAUUAGAAUUAUUUAAAAGGGAAUGCCCAGAAUGCCAAUGUGCAGGAAAAGCAAUGCAUUUGAUAUUUAUGCUAACAAACGUUUUACAAGUAAACUGUUCUUUUUUACUGUCACUGAGAUAUUUUAUUAUAUUAAUUUAAAUGUAUUUAUGUUGCAGUUUUCAUCAUCAUUUGCAAUUCUGUAAAACGGUGGUACAGAUGUAUUUUGUUGAAUAAACAUGUUUUUGAACCAGA